AUGGUUCAACACCUUGUAACAUACUCCUCAGGACGACGACGGUAGCGUUCACCACCACCUUACCAGUCUUAUGAACAACGUAUGCGUGACAUCAACAUAAUCAAAGCAUUGGAAAUGAAAAUCAAACAAUACCUAAUCAUCAAAUCUAACAAACCGCAUGUGGUGCAAAGCUUCUUGAAUACAAAGAAAAAAAAAACGUUUCGGCAAAACUGAUAAAUCAUAUUCAAUGAAUUAGAUCAUGCUUUCUCAACCAGACUCAAAAAUCUCUGAUGAACAAAGACUCUUCACUGGAAUCUAUUGAAGAUUCAGUAUCUCAAAAAGUAGGUCCCCUUUAACGAUUGCACUCACAAUAAAGGGGGUAAGUUUCUUAAGAAAUACAAUAGCCUUGUUCAGACUGCCCAGCCUUUUUCAUUCGGAAGAUCACACGAUACGAUUCAGCAGUGCCGAACACUAACAAAUAAACUACUUUCAUUUGGUUUUCCCGCAAGGUCGAUAGCAAAUCACAGCUGUGUUCUGAAGCUUAAAACAUACAACGAAUUACGCAGUUUUCUGAAUUCAGAAGGAUCUCGAGAGGUUUUGUGGUGUCGAUUCUCUAUCAGAAGUAACACUUAUCCUGCUUUGCUGAAAAUCCUCUCGGUAAAGUCAAUUUGACAAUAGAGCUAAAGGUGCGUCAUAAUGACAAUCUGGCAACGACUGAAUCGUUAUCAGCGUCUCAAAAGACGACCAUUGAAAAGCAGACUAUAAAGUAGUUUGCUGUCACUACUUUGUAGUGACUUUCACUUUAAAAAAUUAAAUUUGCAGUUACACUUUUGGCAACUUAAUGUCAACUUAAUGGUAACUUAAUUAACUCAAGCGACGCGAUAAACGUCUUCUUAUACGGUGGGUACCACAGGUAAUCGAUAGUCUCUUCCAGGCUUUUACUUGUUCAUCAAGUGCAAUAGAUACUAAGCAAAAAUUCUCUACGAGAUAUUCGCUCUCGAAAACGGUCAACUUUCUAGAUGGCAAAAAUCCCGAUGAACCCAUACAUUCCAAGCAAAAGAAUGUCAAGUUAUUUCUUAACAUCGUGUCGCCGAGGGUAAAUAUGUAUUAUAUUAUAUUGUAUAUUAUAUAUUAUACUAUAGUAUAUAUAUUAUACUAUAUUUCGAUUAUUCAGUGUGAACACUUUUGUGGCUUAAUGGGAGAAUAAAGGCUUAUGUCAAGGAGCGAAGAAUGAAAAAAAUAUUUGUGACAAUCAUGUAAGCAUAAAUCGCGUUCUAGUCGGUUUUUCUCAUACAAACAGCUUAAUUAGUUAUGCCUUAUUGUUAUGGGUUGUUCUAAUUUUUAUUUUCUUUUUGAACAAUUUUCUUUAGAGUGAUUAACUUUUAACUUAAAUAGUACAGUACAAUACCAACAUUACGUAAUGCACUCAGAGUAAUUACGAUACUAACAAUGCAUACGUUACUUACAAUACAACCCCUAUUUCUAUCAAUACUUAUCAAUACUCACUUUGAAGACUACUCACAAAGAAGUUUUCUCUUAAAUUAGCUUGCACUUCAAAUUAUAUGAUGCUUACACUACGUUCCAUAAUUAGCUUUCUUUGCAUACUAAACAUUACUCACACUAGGUGAGGAAAUUACAAUUUAUAAUAGGGAAGGGAAAAUUCAACAAACAGAUAUGAGGCGCUUUUAGACAAAUAAGUAAAAUAAAGCAUUUUAUCAAGUGGUCUUGCACAUUUAUAAACCUAGCAGCGAUAAUCUACUUUCUUAAGAGCUUACCACAAUAUUCAUUCAUUUUAAUCAAAAUGUUUUCUUUUUCGUUUUAGUAGCAGUACAAUUUUCAAAACGCAUAAAACAGAUUUAAGAAUCAUGAAUGUUAUGUCGGAAAAGGGCCUGGCAUCCACAGUAUGAAAUAUAUAUCUACUUGCUACUUUGCCUAAGACAGGUCAAUAAUAUCUGUAUUUUUGGCUGUACUUUAGCAGGAACACCAGUAUUUACUGACCAAAACUUGCUUAACAGAUCAUUCAGGGCAUGACCUGCAUCACACUCCAUAAGACUGAAAUAUCGAGCAAUUUGUGCACCACCGCUUUGCGUAGUCGCUGUAUAGCAUACUUCUUAGAAAACGUUCUUACUUAAUCAAACCUAAUGAUUUAACUCGUUAUCUCCAAAUUCUCCUGACCGUUUGCGACACAUUUCUUCUAUUGUAGUUCUGAGAAUGUGGUCUCAAAUUAAAUAAUAUAAAAAAUAAUUAUGGUGUUGAGGUAAAUAUUGUGAAUGUGACUGAGGAUGAUUUUGGACCCUACACUUGCUUUGUGAGCAAUCAUCUCGGCAACGAUUUCUGGAGUGCAUUCCUAACUAAAUAA